GACAGUAUUCGCUACCGCUACAUACGCUAAAGUACAUAAAAUAUCACUAUUUUGACAUUUCAGUGUAAUCUUUUUGGCAAUUUUCCGCAUUUUUCCACCAAUUGAACAUUUCCCCGGCAUUGCUUUGACCCCACAGAAUCCCUCCUUGAGGCUGACGAUAAGAAUUUUGUGGCAUUUUCCCGAGAAAACCUCAAUUGCGAAAGAACAAUUAAAAAUAAAUCAUCAUGAGUCUGGCCAAGAAGGUGAAACGUGAAAAUUUGAAUUAUAUUGACUUGCUGCAGCAGAGCAUUGAGAAUACAGAAGAAGCAGGAGGAGGUGAUCCGCUGUCAGAACAGAUCAUUGAAGAGGAGGAGAUGGUUGUGGAAGAGGAGCAAUACAGCAGUGGUGAUCAUCAUGAUAAGAAGGUGGUGGACCUUGUGGAUUCCUUUGAUGUGAGUGUGGACAAUCAGUAUGAGAUCUCAGCUGGAGCAACAAAAGCAGACGGAGGACGCGAUGGGGAUUCGGAUGAUGAGAUACGCAUUACGGUGAAGAGGAAGAAAUCACGAGGUGGUGGACAUGCAACGGAUACAGCGACCCUCAAUGACAUUUACAUGCUCCUCCUCAGCAUGGAUAAGCGCAUUUCCAACAUUGAAAAGUGGAUGAAGAACACCACCGGAAAUGGAUCUCUGUCUAUCAACAAUACAUCAGUAAUUACAAAACUCCUCCCCAUGAAGACUGUGCAGGAGCUGAAGGAAUUCGAUGAUCUACUGGAGGAGCCAGAUUUUGAGAAUGCUUACAUUUCAUUUGUUCAAAAUGCAGAACUCAAGGAUCUCAUGGAUGACAAUGUCAUCAUUAAUUUUAACUACAGCGGCGUACACAAAAAACUAGCACUAAAGAGUUACAGGUUCAUCCAGGUGUGGAAAGACAACUCCAAUUUACCAGAAAGUGAAUUUGCAAAAAAUCUGAAAAUUGAAAUUGGAGCAGCUCACAACAGGCACCACAGUCGUCGUGCGCGUCUUCGAAAGUCUGCUGGAGGCUCCUCUUAAAAAGACAAAUAUAGGAUGCCCCACCUACCUACCAUCCAUCCUCGAGCACUAGGUGAAAUUGUGAGAGAAAAAGAAUUUAUUGAUGUAAAAUAUAUUUUUUUUUUCCUUUUAAUAAAAUUCAAUAAAAUGGAUAGAACAAAAUAAAACGAACGGUAAGUAGAA